CAGAACAGCUCGCCAGCUAGCCGCCUAGCUUCUGAUAUUUGUUUCCAAAUGUGACUUUUUAGCACAUUGACGUUCAGUUUUUUUUAAAGAAGAAAGGGAGAAGGAAUUGGGUCAGUCUGAAGUGAUUUUUUGCUCCACAGAGACUCUACAAGUGGCUAUCACAAUCCCAAGGUCGGGUCGCGGGGGCAGCAGCCUAAGCAGAGAAGCCCAGACUUCCCUCUCCCCAGCCACUUCGUCCAGCUCCUCCCAGGGGAUCCCGAGGCAUUCCCAGGCCAGCUGGGAGAGAUAGUCUUCCCAACGUGUCCUGGGUCUUCUCCGUGGCCUCUUACCGGUCGGACGUGCCCGAAACGACAAAAAUCUCCUUCUUCACUGCGUGGGCUGCCUGCAAAGCGUCACAGUGUGAACCCGGUGACCCGGCCACAGUCAAAGAAGGAUGCCCUCGUGCAUGAAGGUGUCUCCUCCAGGAUGAACCCCCUGGAGCUCUUCCAGACCUAUGCGGAUGCGCUCCCUAAGUGGCAGUCGCUCAUCCAAGACCUUUAAGCCUAAGAAGAACAUCCCUGAGGGGUCCCAUCAGUAUGAGCUGCUGAAACAUGCUGAGGCGACACUGGGCAGCGGGAACCUGAGGCAGGCUGUCAUGCUGCCAGAGGGAGAGGAUCUCAAUGAGUGGAUCGCAGUCAACACGGUGGAUUUCUUCAACCAGAUCAACAUGCUAUAUGGCACAAUCACAGAGUUCUGCACAGAGACCAGCUGCUCAGUGAUGUCUGCUGGACCAAGAUAUGAGUACCACUGGGCUGAUGGUACUAACAUUAAAAAGCCUAUCAAGUGCUCUGCCCCCAAGUACAUCGAUUACUUGAUGACCUGGGUCCAAGACCAGCUGGAUGAUGAGACACUUUUUCCAUCAAAGAUCGGAGUUCCUUUUCCCAAGAACUUCAUGUCUGUGGCCAAAACCAUCCUGAAGCGCCUUUUCAGGGUUUACGCCCACAUCUACCAUCAGCAUUUUGACUCUGUGAUGCAGCUGCAGGAGGAGGCUCACCUCAACACCUCCUUCAAGCACUUCAUUUUCUUUGUCCAAGAAUUCAACUUGAUUGACCGGCGAGAGCUCGCUCCCCUCCAGGACUUGAUUGAGAAGCUUGGUUCCAAGGACAGAUAGACAUUGCAUCACCCACUUUUUUUUUUUAGUUAUGUUUCUUUUCCCAACACUUUCUUUCUUUUUGUCACUAUCCCCCUUCUUGGCCUCUGCUACCUCUGUGACUUCUUGUCUCAACUCAGUGUGUGCCUUCUUUUCACUCCUCACAGCUCCAUCUGCUGUCUUUCUACAGUCUGAAACUUUUUAUCCAUCAAUGUUGUUCUUCUAGAAAUGAAAUGGCACAGGGUCCUAAAUGUAUUAUUCACAUGAGUAGUCAAAAAGAAAAAAAUAUGUUUACUUUUUAAGAGCGGACCAAUGACUAUUGGAAGUGGAAAUGAGCUUUUCCCCAGUUCAGGGGUUGUUUUUACAGUCUUCUUUUUCAUUUAUCCCUGACCAAAUAGUCUAAGCUUACAUUUAAAUUUGUAUUUUAGCACAAUUUAAGGAGAGACAUAUAUAUAUAUAUAUAUAUAU